CUAAAAUAUGCCAAGCUUAUCUCGCCUCAUGACAAGCUCUCAAACCAUGUUAAAGAACUUGUUCAAGGUAUUAUCGAGGGGGAGACUCGUGUCCUGGCAGCCUCGAUGACUAUGGAAGAGGUUUUUCGAGGGGCUAAAGAGUUUAAACAAGAAGUAUUUGAGAAAGUACAGCUUGAACUUAACCAGUUUGGGCUGUUAAUCUAUAAUGCCAAUGUUAAACAACUUGUGGAUGUGCCUGGUCAUGAGUACUUCUCUUACUUGGGUCAAAAAACUCAGAUGGAAGCAGCAAACCAGGCAAAAGUUGACGUCUCUGAAGCCAAAAUGAAGGGAGAGAUUGGUUCAAAGCUUCGAGAAGGGCAAACGCUUCAAAAUGCUGCAAAAAUUGAUGCAGAAACCAAGAUUAUAUCAACCCAAAGGCAGGGAGAAGGCAAAAAACAAGAAAUCCAGGUGAGGACUGAUGUGAAGGUGUUUGAGAAUCAGAAGGAGGCUGAGGUGGCGGAGGCGAAUGCAGAGUUGGCAAAGAAGAAAGCUGGAUGGGCUAAGGAGUCACAAGUGGCCGAGGUCGAGGCUUCAAAAGCAGUGGCACUUAGGGACGCAGAGCUGCAGAGGGAGGUCGAGAGGAUGAAUGCAUUGACACGGACAGAGAAGCUCAAGGCUGAGUUUUUAAGCAAAGCCAGUGUCGAGUACGAAACCAAGGUUCAAGAAGCAAAUUGGGAGCUCUACAAGAAACAGAAAGCUGCAGAAGCAUAUCUAUAUGAAAAGGAGAAAGAAGCACAAGCGCAGAAAGCAGCAGCCGAGGCUACUUUUUAUCAGCGCCAACAAAUCGUAGAUGGAGAAUUGUAUGCAAAGAAGAAGGAAGCAGAAGGACUAAUAGCCAUAGCAGAAGCUCAAGGAAUUUAUCUACGCACACUCCUUGACUCGUUGGGAGGGAAUUAUGCAGCCCUAAGGGAUUACUUGAUGAUCAGUGGUGGAAUGUUUCAAGAAAUGGCCAAGAUUAAUGCCGAGGCUGUGCGUGGACUACAGCCCAAAAUCAGCAUUUGGACAAAUGGAGGCAGAGAGGCAGCCGAUGGAGCAGGAGGUGGAAAUAACGCCAUGAAAGAAAUUAGCGGUGUUUACAAAAUGUUGCCACCAUUGUUUAAGACUGUGAAUGAGCAAACUGGGAUGUUGCCACCAGCAUGGAUGGGCACCUUGGCUGACUCUGCUCACUCUACCAGGGAUUGAUACGAUGCCAAAAGAUAAAGAAUUUAUUUUAAGAGUCUUUCUAACUAUAUAAAAUUUCUAUUAGGCUAUUUUUCCUG